AUGACCAACAACCCUGCCUCGCUCUCAAAAGUCGUCGAGACGCCGCCGCCAAAUGACGUGUACAAUCCCUUUGUCGUUGAAGUUCCCGGGAAAGAUGAAGACGGCGCCGGAAGUGAGGGAUUUAUGGCUGUGAAGUUGAAAGCUAAAUGCAUUCGAACUCAGAUUGUCAGUUCGACGCCUAAUGCUCACAGAGUAUUAGGGUCGAAGCCCGAUGGCGGCCGCCCCUCGCUCCCCUUCCAGAUGUCACUCCACCUCGAAGUCAUCUGGAGUGUCGCCUUCAUCGUUCUCAUUGUCGGCGCUUGUGUUGGCAACGUCCUGGUUAUCAUGAUCAUUCUUGGCAACAGACGGAUGAAAACGACGACAAAUUAUUUCCUUCUGAACCUUUCUGGGGCAGAUCUGUCCAUGGCCAUCUUUAAUUGCACAUUUAAUUUUUUCUACAUGCUGAAAAGUCACUGGCCAUUCGGAACGGUCUACUGUGUCGUUUCGCAGUUCAUAGCCCACGUCUCACUUGCAGCCUCAGUAUUCACGCUCGCUGUUAUUUCCUUCGAUAGGAUGCUGAACGUGAUCCGGCCGCUGAAGCCCAGCAUGAGUCGCUCGGGGUGUCGGCUUCUGCUCUGCGGGACGUGGCUCGUGUCCGCCCUUCUCGCUGCCCCUAUCCUGCCGUACGCCACCACCAUCCACAGCAGCGAGAGCGGAAGAAUCAACUGUGUCAUUGCUUGGCCCGACGGACUGGCCAUGAGGUCCAAGACAGAUUAUGUGUAUAACGUGAUGAUCCUUGUUGUAACAUACUUGGCUCCUAUGUUAGCCAUGAUCAUCUGCUACGCUAUUAUAGGAUUCAAACUCUUCGCUUGGGGCUCGAAUCAACCAGCUCAUCAGGAUAAUAACAUUCGGAGGAAGAAAAAAGUCGUGCAGAUGCUCGCCCUCCUGGUGGUGAUCUUCGGGCUGUGCUGGCUGCCGUACCACACGUACUUCAUCGUCGUGCACCACCACCCCGAGUUCAGCACGAGGCCCUACGUGAAUCACAUCUACCUGGCUUUUUACUGGCUGGCUAUGUCAAACGCAUUCAUUAACCCUAUCGUUUAUUACCUGUUGGACGCUCGGUUCAGGUACUUCUUCAGCCAUCUCCUCCUCGGUGCCAAAGAGUCCUUGGAAAAGUGCAUCGGGUUGGAUCAGUCGCCGUCGCAGUAUUCCGAGAGCCAUGACCUCUUCGCUAUCCCUCUGCCCGAAGUAGGAGCUCGAGGGGGCAACAGUACACACAGACCCCCCCUUCCAUCGUCAGGAGUCCUCGAUGACGAGCGCCACACGACUAAGCCGUCUUAUAUAGUGCUCUUACCUGUUGUUGACUAUACCAACUAUUAUAACGGGCAGAGUUCUCGGACUUAUUGUUCCAGAAACAAAGAAGACGGAAAGAAGCUUAGCAAGCUGAUCCUCUUUCAAGGCCAGUGA